ACUACGGGCUGGAUCUAAAAUGUACACUGUCCGAGCAUAUGUUUUGUGUGCCGUCCUGGCGACAUGUUACGCCGGCAGCCAGCAAUGGACACCAUACAACAAUAUGAACUUGCAGGCGUAUUUACAACAACAGAUGCAACAACAACACGAUCAACAGUUGCAGCCAAGCGAAUAUUCCAAUUAUGACGACGACAGUUCCGACCAUGGCGACUUCCACUCAUUUAACGGCCAUGAUUUACAACCUCAUUCGUAUCCAGUCCACCAACACGUUGAAGAAGAGAAUCCAGAACAGAUAAAACAUUACAAGGAAGUCAUCGUACCGCUGCCCAAGAACGUAGAGUUCAAGAUAAACCAGCCAGUUUUGAUACCAAUACCGCACCCUGUACCGAUUCAAGUCCCUGUACCUAAGGCGGUAGUUAUACCCAUUAUAAAAGAGGUAUCUAUACCCGUGGAGAAAUCUGUACCGUAUCCAGUAGAGAAGACAGUUCACGUGCCAAAGAUUAAAGAGGUCCCCUUUGAAGUUAUAAAACAUAUCAUAGUACCAGUGGAAAAACCCGUACCUUUCAAAGUCCCAGUAUAUGAAACUAUUAUACACACUAAAAAGGGAUCCCACAAAAUUCGUUGAUUGGUUGUUGUCUAGUUUCCAUGUUGUUGUUGAUUGUUUUAUGAGUGCGAGUGUUGUGUGUUGUAAAUAUUGUUAUUUAGUUGUUAAUCAGUUUUAAUAUUAUU